UUAUAGAUCACAACCGCUGUUUACUUGAUCUAGUCACGGAUUAAUUUGAAGUAGUAUCAGGAAAGCAGUAAUGGACGAAGAUCAGCUGUUGGACUAUGAGGAAGAGCAAGAAGAGACGACUGAUGGUAACAAAGCAGAAAAUGGAUCAGCAACGGAUAAGAAAAUCAAGGGUACUUAUGCAUCCAUCCACAGCAGUGGUUUCCGGGAUUUCCUCUUGAAGCCGGAGCUAUUACGGGCAAUUGUGGAUUGUGGUUUCGAACAUCCUUCGGAAGUACAACAUGAAUGCAUUCCCCAGGCUAUUUUGGGCAUGGAUAUUGUUUGUCAAGCAAAAUCAGGGAUGGGCAAAACAGCUGUAUUUGUUCUGGCGACUCUACAACAACUUGAACCUGUCGAUGGUGAGGUGUCUGUUCUGGUCAUGUGCCACACACGCGAACUGGCGUUCCAGAUUUCGAAGGAGUACGAACGAUUCAGCAAAUACAUUCCUGGUGUUCGGAUUGCUGUCUUCUUUGGUGGCAUACCAAUCAAAAAGGAUGAAGAGACACUUAAAAACAAUACACCACACAUCGUUGUUGGAACUCCCGGCCGUACUCUCCAACUAGCACGACAAGGAAGCUUGAAAUUGAAGAACAUCAAGUAUUUCGUUUUGGAUGAGUGCGACAAAAUGAUUGGUGAUAAUGAUAUGAGACGAGACGUUCAAGAAAUUGUGAAAAUGACGCCGCAAGAGAAACAGGUGAUGAUGUUCAGCGCUACGUUACCAAGGGAUUUACGAGUGGUCUGCAAGAAAUUCAUGCAAGAUCCAAUGGAAGUAUACGUUGAUGAUGAAGCAAAGUUAACGUUGCAUGGAUUACAGCAGCAUUAUGUGAAACUGAAGGAAACUGAGAAAAAUAAAAAAUUACUUGAAUUACUCGAUCAGUUGGAAUUCAACCAAGUCGUAAUUUUUGUGCGAUCUGUACAACGCUGUGGUGCUUUGCACACUUUGCUCUCCGAACAAAAUUUUCCAAGUAUUGCAAUUCACCGUGGUAUGCCACAGGAGGAACGCCUUUCUCGAUACCAGCAGUUCAAAGACUUCCAGAAGCGUAUCCUUGUUGCAACGAAUCUUUUUGGUCGUGGUAUGGAUAUUGAACGCGUGAAUAUUGUGUUCAAUUAUGACAUGCCGGAAGAUUCAGACACAUACUUGCACAGAGUAGCACGCGCUGGACGUUUCGGUACUAAAGGAUUGGCGAUAACAUUUGUCUCAGAUGAAAAUGAUGCGAAAAUUCUGAAUGAUGUACAGGACAGGUUUGACGUGAAUGUUACCGAAUUGCCAGCUGAAAUUGAGGUCGCGACAUACAUUGAGGGACGAGCUAACUGAAAGAAAAAUGGCUCGGAUUAUUUGCAUAUCGGUGGCAGUUCAUGGAAGAACAUCACCAAAAAAAGUUGUUGUUGCUGUUAAUGAGUCAUUUUCCUUCAUUGUAGUAGUGUUUUUGUUUGUCAGAAAUUGUUUUCUUAUAAAACCAGCGUUGCAAUUGUUUGAAGAGAUGAUUUCCACUUUUUACUUGACAAAUUAUUGCUUGACAAUUAUAUCCUUGACAAUUAUUGUAUCGUUCCAUCUUUUUAUUACUUGAAAAAUAAAUUUGCA